AUGACAGACCAAACCACCAGCACCAUCGUAUCUUCUCAAGCUCUGCCGUCACCACAGCCGCUCAUCCCAAACCUCCCAGAUGACAUCUCACUCCAUAUCCUGGCCAAAAUUCCCUGCUCUGACCACCCAUAUCUCUCCUUAGUGUCGAAAUCAUGGCACUCUACUAUAACCUCCCCCGCACUUUUUAACACCCGAUCUGCACUCGGCACCAUUCAGACUUCCCUUUAUCUCAAUCUCCGCAUUAACUCCUCCUUCCACUGGUAUUCCCUGAAACCCAAAAAUAAAAACCUUAUCCUUCUCCCUUCCAUCCCUACCGAUCUGGGCUGCCAGCCAAUUGGGUCUUCCUUCUGCGUCCUAGGCCCAAAAAUCUACAUUAUCGGCGGCUCCAUUCAUGAUAUUCCGUCGAAUAAUGUGUGGGUUUAUGACUGUCGAUUCAAUAAGUGGGCAGUGGGUCCCAAGAUGCGGGUUGCCAGGGAAUUCGCCGCCGCUGGCACAUGGAAUGGUAAAACUUAUGUUAUGGGAGGGUGUGUUGUUGACAACUGGGCCCGUUCGAUGAACUGGGCUGAGGUUUUUGACCCAAAAAUUGAGUCUUGGGACCGGGUGCCAAGCCCAAUUGAGGUGAGGGACAAGUGGAUGCACGCGAGCGCCGUGAUUGGGAGUAGGAUUUAUGCGAUGGCUGAUAGGGGUGGGGUAGUGUACAAUGCCGAGUCCGGGCAGUGGGGGAAUGUUUCAAAGAGACUUGACUUGGGAUGGAGGGGUCGAGCCACUGUGGUGGGUAAUGUCUUGUAUUGCUAUGAUUAUUUGGGUAAAAUCCGAGGGUAUGAUGUGGAGAAGGAUGUCUGGAAGGAGUUGAAGGGGGUCGAAAAGGAGUUGCCCAAGUUUUUGUGUGGUGCAACAAUGGUGAAUUUGGAUGAGAAGUUGUGCGUGGUGUGGGAAGGGAAAGGGAGCGGAAAGGAGGUGGAGAUUAUGUGUGCAGAGAUUGAGGUAAAGAAGGAUGCAGACGGCGGUUUGAGAGGGACUAUUUUGUGUGAUUGCAUAUUUGAAUAUCAGACUGUAUGUAGAACUUACAGAUGUGGUACAAUGAUGCUGGAUUUCUGCUGGUGGUGGUGGUGUUAG